CAACAAUCGCGCCCACGGCCAACAACAGCAGCAGCUUCCCGUCGGCACUAUGGCGCAGCCUGAUGAAGCAAGGCGCGCGACAACCAUCUUGACAAUAGCGCAGCUCAAGUUCAAGCAGGCGCUGAAGAAAGAGCAGCACGAAGCUCGUCUCCCGCCCGUCUCUGUCGAAGCUAGCUCGCACUUCCUCAGCGACCUUGAUGCUGUUCUCAAGCAGAACACGCCCGUGCACGUCCAGAAAUGCACAGAGUGGAUUGUCAAGCACAUAGCUCCCUCCAAGGCCCGGAUUUCAGUGCUCGGAGACUACCUAGUCUCGGUCUCAAAGUCAAUCGUCAUUGACCAGCCAAGGGCGGCGGCGGCGGCACUAUCAGAAGCAGCAGCAGCUUCAGCGAAGAAAGCCGCCCGCAAUCGAUUUGAUCUCUUGUUGAUUGUGAACGAUGUUCUUCAUACUGACAAAUUCCACCGUCGCAGCACCGCAAAGCAAAGCAUCUUCGGUACCGAGUCCACCUCCUUCACGCCUGAGCUCGUCGACUUGGCAGCUUCGUGCAUCUACGAGAAGGACUCGCAAGCUGAGAAGAAGCUAAGAGCCAUCCUCAACUACUGGGCUGUCAACCAGCUGGUCAGCGCCGAAGAUAUCAAAUCUCUCCGAGAUAAUGCAGAUGAGGCUUUGCUUCUAGCCCAAGGUGGCACGCCUGUCCGGAAGCGCCACUACCUCCUGCCAGAAUACCAUGGCGACCGAACCGCACCAUGGCACGACCUGCCAGCUUCCUACAUGCUCGACCAGAUGUUCAAGCACCCUCAACGCCCUAUCGAGCCAUCCCGAAUCAAAAUUGCGAAAUUCGACAAGAAGCCAGUUUCUCCCCACGUCCGUAAGUUGCUUGACGACUACUUUGAGAACAUCGACCUCAAAUAUAUGCCAACGGGCGACAACCCGACUGGCGAAACCAAAAAGUAUAAGUUAUGGCUAGAUCCCUUGGGGCAGUUGGUCAAGCGGGACAAACAGACAGGCGAAACGGCUACGGUCUACAACGGCUACGGAUGGUCAAUGAAGCUCUGUAAGGCUAUACAGGACCACACCAUGCCUGAGACCCUCGCGAUAGCAUGGGAGGGUGAUGAGCGCAUGAAGGCAGUUGAUGCGGUCCGAGAGCCACCGCAGAGGCGACGCGAAGAUCGACGCUACUCAAAGUCACCGAGACGACGUCGUCCGUCAUCCUCAGAAUCAGAUUACAGACGGGAACAUAGUAGCCACAGCCGCAGCCACAGUCUCAGCCGUCGUGGAUCACGGUCCUCCUACGAUAGCCCGCGCUCGCGCUCAAGGUCUCGCGAUAGAAGCUACAGCCGCCGUCAUCGUUCGCCCAGGGAUGAGAGGAGAGGCUCAGACGACCGUGGCCAGAGAUAUGACGACAGAGGCCCAGGCCAAUCACGACCGCCGCCAAAGCCAUAUGGCAGAGACUCAUCGUACUCUGGAUCGAACGAUCGUGACCGGAACUCUCGGGGUAAUCCCAACGGCGGCAAUCGGUAUCCCGCUCCACCUCAGCCAUCGCAAGCACCACAAGCACCGCAAGGCUUUGGACGAGGCUUCCCCCAGGCUCCACAACCGCCCUUUAGUGCACCGCCAUUUCCUCCUCAAGCACUACUACCGGGCCAACUCCCAGGACCAUUUCCUAUGGGGCCAUUUCCACCGCACCUUGCACCUCCCCCUCCGCCGCAAUUCCAGGGCUCCGGUGGGUUCAUACCGCCUCCUCCACCGCCCAACUUCAGUGGCCCUUAUCCUCCGCCGCCACCUCACAUGACCGCGAUGCAGAAUAAUCCUUAUAAUAACUUCGGCAAUCAAUUCGGCAAUCAGCAAGGCAUCGAUUUUGGCUAUGGUAACAACAACGGCUAUGGCCAGAACGCAGGUGGCUAUCCUCCAGCUGGGCGCGGCGCCUAUGGAGGCAGUCCCCAGGGUGGUGGGUACAACAGCAACAGAGGUGGAUAUGGUGGUCCUCAGCGGGGACAGCGCGGUGGUAGAUACUGAAGUGAGAUGCGUAGCGCAAAUGGACGGAUAAGCGCAAAGCCUCUGGAUACUGAGCGCUUUAUAUUCGGGGAGAACAGUGUACGAACAAGGGGUGUAUUACACAAGCGAGUGUGUGCUGCAACUACGUAGCCAAUCUCUCAAACGAUGUGAGAUCUGGUUCAAUGCUUCCACUGACGGGUAAGCGCAAAGUCUCUAGGUCACCUAAGGACACGUCGGG